GUACCGCUCGAUUAUACUGGUGUUUACAUUCUUCUGUUACACAAGUUACCAUCUGUCCAGGAAACCUAUCAGCGUGGUCAAGAGUGUUCUUCACCACGACAACUGCAGCACCGAGUCGCACAGCAACACAACGAACACCACCAACGAAUACUGGUGCGACUGGGCCCCGUUCAAUACGCCCAGUUACCUUGACCUGCUGGGAACCCUUGACCUCUGCUAUCUGAUCUCCUACGCCGUGGCCAUGUUUAUCAGCGGCCACAUCUCCGACAGAAUGAACCUGCGCUACUACCUCUCGGCGGGGAUGGUUUUGAGCGGAGUGUUCACCUGUGGCUUUGGCCUCGGCUACUUUUACGAAGUCCACGAGUACUCAUUCUACAUCAUCAUGCAGGUACUGGGAGGAAUCUUCCAAGCCACGGGCUGGCCGGGCGUGGUAGCUUGUGUUGGCAACUGGUUUGGUAAAGGGAAGCGAGGUCUGAUCAUGGGCAUCUGGAAUGCACACACAAGCAUCGGCAACAUCCUGGGCUCUGUCAUCGCUGGGGUUUUCGUGGAGGAUAACUGGGGUCUGUCGUUUGUGGUUCCUGGGGUCAUCAUUGGGGUCAUCGGCAUUCUCGUCUUCUUGUUUCUCGUGCCCGAUCCAGCUGAUGUUGGCUGCACAAUACCCGACCACUCAGACAGUCCAUUACUCUCGAAGGAGACAGGGGAUCACGGAGCAAGACCAAUUUCAAUUUGGCGAGCAUUGUUUAUUCCGGGAGUCAUGGAGUUCUCACUCUGCCUCUUCUUCGCCAAGCUGGUCUCCUACACAUUCUUGUACUGGCUGCCCAAGUAUCUGUCGAAAUCCAUCAGCCCCACAGAGGCGGCUUACGUGUCCACCAUAUUUGACGCAGGAGGAAUUGUGGGUGGUAUACUUGCUGGGUAUCUGUCAGACAAGUUGCAAAUGAGGGCCACAAUCUGUAUCGUCUUUCUUGUGCUGGCUGCUCCAGUGCUAUUUCUGUACAACGAAUACGGAACUGAUAUCCCAUACUGGGCGAACUGCCUGCUGCUUGCCGUGUGUGGUCUCGGGGUGAAUGGACCGUACGCUCUGAUCACGACAGCAGUGAGUGCAGAUCUGGGGACACACAAGACAGUGCGCGACAGCGCUAAAGCCCUGGGCAUAGUCACUGCGAUUAUCGAUGGCACUGGAAGUAUAGGAGCAGCCAUUGGUCCAAUGUUGACUGGUGUCAUCUCUGGCAGUAGUGAUGUCAACGGGUGGAAGUAUGUUUUCUACAUGCUGAUUGCUUCUGAUUUCAUGGCAGCCAUUGUAC